CGCGCGGGCGCCGCGCUCCACUGUCGAGCUACCGCGGGAAAAUUCCAAAAACGUCAAACAAAACAAAACACCAGUACGAGGCAAAGCCAAAUUCGCAAGCCACAGAACCCGGGCGGAGGCGUCCUUUCUGCCACUACCCAAACUGCUGAAGCCGCUCUGGCGCAGACCACCCGAUCUGAUUUGUUUAUUUGAGAGAGAAAGAGAGAGAGAGAGGAUGAGAGAAAACAGAAGUGGGAAGGAGAUGGAGAAGCAGGCUUCUGCCUGAGCAGGAACCCAGUGCGGGACUCGAUUCUAGGACCUUGGGAUCAUGACCCAAGCUGAAGGCAAGCUCUCAACCACAUUUGAUGUGUACUCAUGUUUCCUUCAGUGCUUGGUAGGCCACUGUGAGGGUCCAUCACCUUUUCUCUUUUUCCAAGAUGGCUCAAGAUUCCGUAGACUUUUCUUCUCAUUAUCAGUUUUGGAUGCAGAAGCUUUCUGUGUGGGAACAUGCCUCUACUUCGGAAACCCAGCAAGAUACCUGCUUUCACCUGCCUCGAUUUCAGGAGUUCUUGAGGCAGAUGUAUGAAGUCUUGAAAGAACUGAAUUCAAGUACAAUCAUCGAAAGAUUCCCCACAAUUGGUCAACUGUUGGCAAAAACUUGCUGGAAUCCUUUUAUCUUAGCAUUUGAUGAAAGCCAAAAAAUUCUAAUAUGGUGCUUAUGUUGUCUAAUUAAUAAAGAACCACAGAAUUCUGAAGAAUCUAAACUUAACUCCUGGACCAGGGGGUUGUUAUCUCAGAUACUUUCGGCAUUCAGAUUUGAUACAAAAGAAGUUGAUCUUUUUAUUCAAAGUCUUGGAUAUACACCUGAAGAUUACUGUCCUGGUUUGCUUAAAAAUAUGGUUUUAUCAUUAGUGUCUGAACUCCGAGAGAAUCAUCUUAAUGGAUUUAACACUCAAAGGCGAAUGGUUCCUGAAAAAAUAAGGUUCCUGUCACGAAUUUGUAUACCACUUGUAACUCUGCCAGAUAUUGAACCACUGGUAGAAGCUCUGCUCACCUACCAUGGACAUGAAACACAGGAAGUGCUCUGGCCUGAGUUCUUUGAUGCUGUGAAUGAGGCCUUUCUGCUGAAGAAGAUUUUUCUCCCUACGUCAGCUGUAGUCUGCCUCUGGCUUCGGCACCUUCCCAGCCUUGAAAAAGCAACACUGCAUCUGUUUGAAAAGCUAAUCUCUAGUGAGAGAAAUUUCCUGAGAAGGAUCGAAUACUUUUUGAAAGAUUCAUUGCUGCCUGAAGCAGCCUGCCACCCUGCCAUAUUCAGAAUUGUUGAUGAAAUGUUCAGGUAUGUACUCCUGGAAACCGAUGGAGCCCCAGAGGUACUAGCCGCUAUUCAAGUGUUUACACAGUGCUUUGUGGAAGCUCUGGAAAAGAAAAACAAGCAGCUGAAGUUUACACUCAAGACCUACUUUCCUUAUGCUUCCCCAUCUCUCGUCAUGGUGUUGCUCCAACACCCAAAAGAGAUCCCACAGGAACUGUGGCUUCAGACACUGAAACAUAUUUCUGAAAUGCUCAGAGAAAUAGUUGAAGACCAAACGCACCGGUCCUACGGAGGUCCCUUUGAGUGCUGGUUUUUGUUCAUUCACUUUGGAGGAUGGGCUGAUAUUGCGGCUGAGCAGUUAGUGAUGUCAGAAACUGAAUCCUCUGAGGCCCUGCUGUGGCUCUUGGCAUUCAGCUACAGCCCACGUGACGGGAGUCUGCAGAGAGCCCAGACCAUGGUGGAGUUAAAAGCAGUGCUCAUCCACCUUAAGAAGCUGUUCAGAAGUCCAACUCUCUCAGCCAAGGAUCUACAGGCAGUAGCUGCAGAGAGCCCAGACAGAGACCCCAGACCAGCUUUGUGUCAACAGCUGAGCAGGCGCCUCCUCCUGAACUUCCUGCUCUGGGCUCCUGGAGGCCAUGCCAUUGCCUGGGAAGUCAUCACCCUUGUGGCUCCAACUGAUGAGAUAACCCAUGAGAUUAUUGGCUUUCUUGACCAGACCUUGUACAGAUGGGAUCAUCUCUGUGAGGAUGCCCCAAGGUCAAGAAAACUGGCCCGAGAGCUCCUGGCAGAGCUGCACGCGUCUAGUACGAGCCCGUUGAAUGUGGGCCGUGGUUGCAGGGACCAGGAUCCCUGAGGGCUAUAGAGACAAUGGUGAGCCUGCUUCUUCGUGGAACAAGUCGUGAGAAUGAACCAUAGACAUCUUGGCAAGAUCUGCUCGUACAUAUUUUAUGAAGUGAGAAGACAGAUUCUUUAGCCCAAGCCCAGUCCAGUUUAUUAUUCAUGACUGGAUUGUGCCUUGAGCAUUCCCUCCCCACUCUGCCUAGCUGUCGGAGAAUCACUAAAGGAAAGGCUUAGAUAGAACAGAUUUUUAUUUGUUUUCCCUUAUAUGAAACCAAGACACACAACCAUUAUUUGAGUAGUUCAAAGUCUUUGGACCAAGAAAUGGAUCACGAACUACUGAUCAUUUAAAAAAGUAACUUAGUCCUUUUCCACAGGUCUCUUUUUUCAUAAGUCACGGUAUUGUUACUGGUGGUCCUUUUGAUCCAUAGAGAUUUGAGAUAAAACCAUACUGUUUUGGUUCCCUAAGAAAUUCUUCAGCAAGGAGUUUCUCGGGCACUUGAGAGAGGAAGCAGAGCCCACUCAAGAUUGCUGGCAAAGUGGUAAUGACCGGGGACCACUGCUCAGCAUUGGGCACAUGAGCAGCCCUGCUGUGGAGAACAACACUGCCUGGCAAUGAAAUAAAGUCAGUUUCCGUGAUAACUCUAUUUGCUAAUCACUGCCACCAGAGGAGCUCAUGUGACUUCAAAGAUGGCUGACAGGGGACAGUAUAGAAUAUGUUCUGGAAGCAUUAGAAGAGAUUAUGUAUCAGUUGUCUGGUUAACCAAAGUGGGAAUUAGAAUUUUUAUUUUUAAGGCUUUACUUAUUUGAGAAAGAGAGCAUGGGGGGGUGGGGCCAACGGACCAGGAGUAGUAGACUUCUGCCUCCAGAUGCAGGGCUCAAUCCCAGGACCCUGAGAUCAUGACCUAACACAGAUGUUUAACCAACUGAACCACCCAGGUGGCCUCAGAAUUAGAAUUUUCUAAUGAAUCGGUAACCCCAAUAUUUACUUCAUAUCAAUUGAAAAAAAUUUCCCCCUUUCAUGUUCAUUCUUAAUAUGCAUUGAUGAUGUGCUCUUCUGUGUGCAGUCUGGUGGUUGAGUCAGUCAGGAUUUUUUUUUUUAAGAUUUUAUUUAUUUAUUCAUGAGAGACACAGGGAGAGAGGCAGAGACGCAGUCAGAGGGAGAAGCAGGCUCCAAGCAAGGAGCCUGAUGUGGGACUCGAUCCCAGGUCUCUAGGAUCAUGCCCCGGGCCAAAGGCGGUACUAAACCGCUGAGCCACCCAGGCUGCCCAAGUCAGUCAGGAUUUUAUGUCCACUUUGGUUUAUGUCUGAGUAAUCUGUGAAUUUCCCUUAGUUUGGGCUCCUGUUUGAGGUCUGAGUAACAUUUUGUUGAAUCAGAAGUUGUGGUUUUAGGGACAUUACUGUUUUGGUAUAUGGCUCUACCUAAGAUCUGAAAUAUUCAGGAACUUUUGACCUUGAGCCUACCUUUUGAGGAAUGGUAUAGUUUGAGUAAUGUUCUGGUAAAGUGCCAUCAACGUAACUCCCACCAUUAUUACUUUAAUGUAAAAAGUCUUUAUCAAAAUGUGUAGUCGUUGAAAAAUUAGUUGUAGGCUUCGCUUGGAGUCAAGGACGUCUCUUUUGUGCUGUUGGCCAUGGAAGCUUUGACCAACCUCUGUGGUCGUGAGUAACCCUGAGAGUGCAUACCCACCAGGAAUCAAACUCCUGUUGUGGGUGUGCUCCACUGGAAACCCAUUCAUGCUGUUUUCCACAGCAAACAAUAUCAGCAAGACUGUUAUCCACCUCAGACUGUUGAUGCUGCAUUUCUGAAAGGUUCCUUCCUGUCCUGACCUUACCUCAGCCUGUUUGUAGUAUCUCCAAUUCCUGUACAAAGCAUCUCAGUUCUGCAGGCCUUGGAGUCAGACCUGUUUGAGUCGGCACCUGAGCAGACAAUCUGAUCUGGCAAAGCUUUCAUCUUCAUCCCCGUGAACUCCAGUGUCUGGAGUGACCCCUCCCUGAUGGUGAAGACUUUCAUCAAGUGGAUGACAGGUGCUGGUCAGUUUGCUGAUUUUACGUUCUCCCCUUGCCUUUUCCCGUCUUGAUAAGGUCACUAGCAGGGGGAGAGGUGCUCCAUAGGGGGGACCUAGGGAAGCAAGAAUGUUCCCCAAACUGGAGAGGUAGCUGCAGAGCUCCCUGACAGGCCCUGGGCUCCAAUUGUGGGCACAUGGCGACCACCUAGAAGGAGUGACCACAUCAUUCCGUCACUUCUCAGAGUGGGAGCACACAGUGGAAGGGCAGGGAGCGACAGUGUACCCCUGCUCUCUCUACCCCGGCAAGCCUGUACCCAGCUGCCACCAGAGCAAAACCCGUUCAGGGCAGAGACACUCAGGGGCGGGCUGGAAAGUAGUUAGUAAACCCCACCUCCUCAUCCAGUUGCCUUGGAUUUGGAGGAAAGUCUGGUCACGUGGGUUCUUUCCAGUUUUUUAAGUGCACAGGGGUAGGGCCAUAACUAGAACUGGGCCCUGGUGAGUAUGCCCGUCAGGGCCAGGAGCAGAAGGGUCUUGUGAGCUGGUGGAGAACUAAGAGCAUCAAGGCUGAAGGCGCCCAUCAAGCAGCAGGGUGGAGACCUGGAGGCUAUGUGGGGUUUACUAGACUGGGUUUCUUUCCACCAUAGAGUCCGUGGCAGGCAGGUUCUUCCGCUUCCACUGGCAUAAUGUCCAGUGGCGAGGAAGAUGCCUGAUGGUCUCACACACAGAAAACCUGGAAAGGUGGCUCAUUAAGCCCCUGCACAAUGUCAUAGCUUGGGGCCAGCUUCGGUACAGGUCUGGCUUUUCUCCACGUAAAAGAAAGCUGCCAAGCCCAGACUUUCCUGAUAGCCUCCAAGAAGGAGAAGACAGCAGGGUCUCCUGUUGCUCCCAGACCCUGACACACCCACCACCGUGGAAUAGGGCCUGCCACUGCCCUGGCGCAAAGACCAUGGCAGCUUGCUCAGGACCCUAACGAGCUUUGAGCUUCGGGGUCUUCCACUUCCUGGCCCCUCCCAGGAGAGGCCCCAGCCCCGCGCUCCUGUGAUCGUCUGUUUUUGUAAAAUUUGUAAAUAGAAUCUAAUUGCAACUAGCAGGGGUGUCUCUGUGCACUCUUGCUGUCCUCUUCUCUUUGGCCAGUGCAGGGCUGACCUUGGGCACCCCUGGGAUCCAGCAGAGGGGAAUCGGGGUUCAACAUCCCUUCAGCCUCUAGUGAAGUUACUAUGAAGGGAGAGCUUCCAAGAACACAGGCCCAGGGGCCCUGGCUCGGCAGAUGUCAUGUGGCCUGUGCCACCUGAGGCAUGCAGGAGCACAGGAUGGGCUGUGAGAGGCUGUGGGGAUACUUCUAAGACCUCUAGCUUAGGUCUGGGAUGAACCUGACAGAGGUUUUCAGAGGUCUGACCACAGCUCUAGAAGGAUCGGUUACCAAUAGCAAGCUAAGAAGCUGAGAGAAAUGUCUUAAUAAUGAAGUUUUUGAUAAAGUGUGCUAGAGAAACUGAAAUAUGUGAAUCACUGUCCCUGUGAGGUGAUCAAAGCAGACAGUGCUGCUGAAAACUGGGGAGAAAAGGCAUUACCGACCACCUGUUCAUGCAGAGGCUGUCACUUGCAGUUUGUGAUGUAUGGAAUCGGUUAGCUUUUUAAAAUUUGUCAUUUAUUGGGACGCCUGGGUGACUCAGUGGUCAGUGGUUGGGCAUCUGCCUUUGGCCCAGGUCAUGAUCCUAUGGUUCUGGGAUCGAGUCCUGCAUUGGGCUCCCCGCAGGGAGCCUGCUUCUCCCUCUGUCUAUGUCUCUGCCUCUCUGUGUCUCUGAUGAAUAAAAUCUUUUUUUUAAAGUCAUUUUUUGUAUUAUAAAUAGGUACAUUAUUCCUAAUUUUGUAUUCAUUAAAUACCAAAACCUUUCUCAGAAAAAGCUUCCCUUCACUACCCAAUUAUGGAAGCUUAUAGCCAUGCAGUCUAUAUCAAUCUGCCCUUGGAAAAGACCAAUGAUGGUGUAUCCUGUGGGCCUGGGAGUCUUGCCAUCAGAUACCUAAAAACAGGUCCUACUACCAGGGAAGAAGGGCUAGGCCUAUGAGGGGUGGUCUGCAGGGGCUGCUGGAACCAAAGCACAUGACUCAUACCCAUCUUUUUUUAGCUAGACUGAAAUCCUCCCGCUGAGUGUGAAGGGAACGCCCUUUAUAUUCUUCUUCCCCGUCUGUGGAGCAGGGCUCGUCCACAGAGCACAGCCCACAUGAGCCACGCUUUCACAGGCUUCCCUAGGGGUCAUGGAAUGGAACGACCUGGCUCCAUUCGGUGGCACCUCUAGG